GAGAAAGCUGGGAAAGGGUUGUUUAGGAAAAGCUGUCAGCUGAGGAGAACGGAGCAGGGCGGAAGGGGUGAAAGAAAGGACAGAUAGAUGUCUGAACUAGACAAACACGGUCAUGCCCAGGACAGGGACGGUCACUGGACCCAGGAAGGAACCCAAGUGCUGGUAGCCGAGGUCAUCAGGUCAAUGCCCCUGUCGCUUGGCCGAGAGGCCCCGAGCCAGAACUAGGCCUUUCCUGGUAGCAGUGUCUGGUCGCGGUCCCCAGCUUUCUCCGCGGGAGCCCCCCCUGGCCUUCCUCUCCUGUGCCCUGUCCCCGCCCCCGGUCCCGGCCCGCCCUCGGCCCCGCCUCCGGGGCGGGCUCCGGACCGACCGGCGCCGCCUCCCCUCCUCUCAACCAGCGGGGCCUCACAGCCCCGAGCCGCCCGGGCAACGAGCGCCGCGUCCCCGGCCCGCCCGGCCGGCCAGGCUCGGCCCCCGCCUGGGUCUGCCACCCCGGGCCAUGGAGCCGCGGCCGCCAGGGCCCCGCAGGAAACACACCUCGUGUGAACUCUUGACCGGAGACUGCAAAGACUUCUGCUGACCCAGGUGGAACCGCCAAUUCUCUCCCAAGUUCUUGUAUGCCUGUUAGAAGCUGCUGACUUAAAGAGAUUCAGAACCUCCAGAUGGACCCUGUGCAGAAGGCUGUGCUCUCACACACAUUUGGAGGACCCUUGCUCAAGACCAAGCGUCCAGUCAUUUCCUGUAAUGUCUGUCAAAUCCGAUUCAAUUCUCAGAGCCAGGCAGAGGCACACUACAAGGGUAAUCGCCAUGCCCGAAGAGUCAAAGGCAUCGAAGCUGCCAAGACCCGAGGCAGGGAGCCUAGUGUCCGGGAAUCAGCAGACCCAGCUCCAGCAGGCAGCACCCCCCCAAGUGGGGAUGGAGCAGCCCCUCGUCCAGUUUCCAUGGAGAAUGGCCUGGGUCCAGCUCCAGGAUCCCCAGAGAAACAGCCUGGCUCCCCAUCCCCUCCCAGUGUCCCAGAGUCUGGACAGGGUGUACCCAAGGGUGAAGGGGGAACUCCAGCCCCGGCUUCCCUGCCUGGGGGUAGCAAGGAAGAGGAGGAGAAGGCUAAGCGUCUGCUCUACUGUGCACUGUGCAAGGUGGCUGUGAACUCCCUGUCCCAGCUUGAGGCACACAACAAAGGUACUAAGCACAAGACAAUUUUGGAGGCCCGAAGCGGGCUGGGGCCCAUCAAAGCUUAUCCUCGGCUGGGGCCUCCCACUCCUGGGGAACCAGAGGCUCCUUCCCAGGACCGAACCUUCCACUGUGAGAUUUGCAACGUCAAGGUCAAUUCGGAGGUCCAGCUGAAACAGCACAUCUCCAGUAGGAGGCACCGAGAUGGCGUGGCCGGGAAGCCCAACCCUCUACUGAGCCGUCACAAGAAGCCUAGGGGCGCCGCGGAGCUGGCGGGCACACUGACUUUCUCCAAGGAGCUGCCCAAGUCCCUGGCAGGUGGCCUGCUCCCCAGCCCCCUGGCGGUGGCUGCGGUGAUGGCCGCUGCAGCAGGCUCCCCGCUGUCCCUGCGCCCAGCUCCAGCCGCACCUCUUCUGCAGGGACCACCGAUCACACAUCCUCUACUCCACCCGGCCCCAGGACCCAUCCGAACUGCGCACGGACCCAUCCUCUUCUCCCCCUACUGACCUCAACCCUGAACCCCUCCCAUUGAAUCCCCCACCUCCAGCCGGGACCCAGGCCUCCGGGCUCCCAGCCCCUCCUCCCGGCGCUCCCUGAAUGGUCUCUCCUUCCCCCCACCCCGAGGUACGGGGUUCCAGGAAAGGGAAGGGGUAGCGGGGAAGGGGGACUUAAGAAGGGGGGGAACACCCCAGAUCUCAGGGAACCCCGCCCCCUGUCCUUCCCUCUCCCCUAGAAAAGAGGGGGGCCGUCUCACCCCCGAGCCCCCUCGGAGACACCCCCUCCCAAAAGCCAUGUCCAUCCAACCCUUCCCCUCCAAACCUAGCACAAAACGGGGUUCACAAGCCAUGGUCGGGGCCCGGGGGGAGAACAUGGAUUUUCUUGGCAAUAAGCGGACUCUGGGACUCCGGCCCCCCUACCCCAAACUAAAGCGCUUCCGUGAACAAACCCGUCCUCCGCAGGGGGAGGGGAGCAGGCGGGAUCCUGGGUCCCUCGUAAGCACUUUGGUUUUACCGCCUGCAACCUCACUGUGCCCGCCCCGCACCGCACCAUGCCCCAACCCCAGGUCCAGUCGGGCCCAUCGCAGGGGGCAGCACUCGGGGGCAUCUCAGGCACUUGGGUGGGACCAAGGAGAUGCCCUCAUAGACCCUUCCCUUGCCUUCUUCCUCCCCGGUCCGGGUUCCAUUCUUUUCACCAGCACCCAUCGCCCAAGGGGUACCAAGGGGGGCAAGGGGUGUCCAGUCCAAGCCCACCUCCGCCUCGCCUUCCGCAAAACUGUGAGCAAAAAGCAAUAGAAGCCUCGCCCCCGCCCCGCCCCGCCCCUUUCCGCAGGAUUUGCCGUCUGUAGCCUCCCCAUCCCAAUCCCUAGACCUCAUGGCUGCCCCCUCCCGUGACACCUCCACUGCACAACUCGGGCGGGGGCGUGACCCCCCAACCUGUUCCUUCUGUCGUUUCUGUGUGGUCAGCCCUUCCAGCGCCGACCCGGGAUGGGGAUCGGCCCCCACUGGCCCUCCCCUCCCCCAUGGACUCUUUCUGCUUGACAAUGUAGCAACCCCGGCCCUCCACCUUUGCCCUCCCUCUUUCCUCCUUGACAAUAAAGUCUGGAUUCGUUCUGCCCUCCGC